UUGUUGUGUUAUUUAUUUAUCAUCUUAAGCUUCCUAGAAAUAAAACACUGAUUAAUUCCGAUAUGAUUUUUAUUUCAAUGGUCCUGCUUGCUUUCUCUAAUCUGUAAUCAUCACCCCCACCGGUGCGCCGCCUGUCUUUUAAAUGUUCUUAUUGCUCAUGUCCUUGCGGGUGUUUUCUCCCUCUCUCUUGCGCUCCAUCUCAACGCGGAAGUCAGUUACGUACGACUUCACACAGCUGCUCAGCGGGGACGACGAAAUAAACAAGUCGUCGUGACUCAGUAGCCGAACGUAGCGGAAGGAUCAGGCGAGCUGUUGCAGUUAGAACCAUCAUGCACUUUGCUCUAGGAGCAAUAAAGGAAGUGUGUGUGUGAGCAACCCUGGUUGGCCCCUGCUGGGAUGAACAUGCCACUGCACCAAAUCUCCGUCAUCCCUCGGGAUGUCACCUCCUCGCGGGUGUCGGGCAGUGGGAAAGCUAAAGACAAGGACAAGCAGAAUGAAAAGCCUCUGGGUCAUUCAGCAAGCAGAUCUAGCAAUAUAUCAAAGGCAGGGAGCCCGACCUCAGUUAACGCCCCAUGCAGUUUCUCAAGGACGUCUGUUUCCCCCUCCAGCCAGGACAUCUGCAGCAGUCGGGAUCAGGACACUCAGAAACAGACUGCUGUGGUUCUGCUGAACUCCAACAGUAACACCUCUGAGGGUCUUUCAGUGACCACCCUCUGCGCAGACUCCCUGCAAGGCUCUAAGUGCACCAAACAGCGAGACUGGCUCUAUUUACUGCGUCCCGCCUCGGUCACCAUCCAGCCCAAAAACUCCCUCAGGUUUUCUCUGUCUCUGAAUGAUGUGGGCCAGCGUGUGGACAACCUUUGCCGUGGGCUGCAUUUCAUAGAUCGUACGUGCUCAGAGGGAGAACUGGAUAUGAAGCCUGAGCAUGCUCAGUGUCCCAACAGUAAGCUGUGCAGUGACAAUCCGGUCGCCACCCCUACGAGAGAGAGCCCAGAUGCUCCACUUUCAAUCCGCACCAACCUUCACCUUGUCCCUUCCCUCACUAACAACCACAAGUACAUGUUGGGCAAUCCAUCCGAUCCAACUCCUGCUUCUCAUCCCAACAGUCUCCUCCAGCCUCUUUCCGCUCCGGGCUCCAACUUCCUUCGUCUCCUCCUUCCCUUCUCCCGAUCUUCUACCUCAGCCAGUCUGCAGUGCUCUGAGCUGGGAAGCUACGCAUCCCACCUUCACAUCACCAAGUCCUGCAGCACUCUGCUUGAAGGCACCGAGUCAGGCUUUCUCUCACAAGGAGAUGACAUGUUUGAAGUAGAGCAUCCCAGAUUGCCUACCAAGGGAUUGAGCCAGAUGGCAACCUCAGAAACGAUCAGUGUGUCUGGGACUCUUCUAGCCCCGCUGUGCCAUAUGGACGAGGACACAGACCUGGAAUGCUGUUCGUUGCCUUUGACGGAGAAAUCAGAGCCACUGUCAAAUUACUCUCUAUCAGGGGACUGCUGCAGGAUUUGUCACUGUGAGGGAGAUGACGAGAGUCCUCUGAUCACACCGUGCCACUGCACAGGGAGCCUGCGCUUUGUCCACCAGGGCUGUCUGCAGCAGUGGAUCAAGAGCUCAGACACCCGCUGCUGUGAGCUCUGCAAAUAUGAGUUCAUCAUGGAGACAAAGCUCAAACCACUGCGCAAGUGGGAGAAACUACAGAUGACAGCAAGCGAGAGAAGGAAGAUUAUGUGCUCAGUUACCUUCCACGUCAUUGCAAUCACCUGUGUGGUUUGGUCGCUCUACGUCCUCAUCGACAGAACAGCGGAGGAAAUAAAAAAUGCCCGAAGAAUCCCAGGUAUCUUAGAAUGGCCUUUCUGGACCAAACUUGUGGUGGUGGCCAUCGGCUUCACGGGUGGACUGGUUUUUAUGUAUGUCCAGUGCAAGGUCUACAUCCAUUUAUGGAAGAGACUCAAGGCCUACAACCGGGUCAUAUUUGUGCAGAACCGGCCGGACACAUGUAAAAAGCUGGCGCUGGAGAAGCCCCCGCUCAUGGAGCCGAGCCUGGAGAGCAAGGAGGCACUGGCCCCCACCCAGUCAGACACAAACUCCUCCCAGUACACAGAGACGGAAGAAUACAGUAUGGAGGUCCUCCACGUCUGACACAAGGUUCGUUUCAUCGGCUCCCCUACUUGUGCUCGCAGAAACAGGCUUGAGGGAAGAGUAGCGCUCGACGUCCCCCUUCUUCUGAUGGUAGACUUGAACUGCUGUCCUCUUCUAACUCCACCUGCACUCUUCAUCCACACUCUGACCUUUCCUUCCCCAGGACCGGACUGUUUGUACUGACUUCUAUAAAUGUCACAAAAGGCCUGGAGGUUGCCACUCUACAUGCACUGUUCACAUUUCCCUUCAGUUGAGCAGAUCAGAGACACAAAGACUCCCUGAAAGCCCAUCCUUGGUGCAUUGUUUUUGGACUUGGUAGAAUUUCUUCACUUUUACCUCCUGUGAGUGUUGGAUCAAUACAUCACCAUGCAUCAGAUCUGUUCAACGUUCCACAUACUGCCAUCUCUGCACUGGUCUGACUGAUCGGGCCUUGGAAAUGCAUUGAAGCACUUUUUUUUUCUGAAGCUCUACAACACCUCCUCUCCUACCUUUAUAGGUCUCAUCCCUUUUUUAUUUUAGAAGGACCUAAAUCUUGUAUUUUGUUCAUUGGGAAGAGCACAGUGAAUUAUUUUCCUCAAAUACACAUACUCCAACAGACGCACCCUUCACUUUGAUGGCAAACAAAGGAAUCAGGGUAGGGAAAAAAAGAGGGAAACCUGCUGAAGGAAACAAAGGGUUAACACCUGUCUCCUCUGCCCUCAACAAAUGGACUUUCUGAAGGCUUUGAGAAUGUAAUCUUUUCUAAAAAUGAAUAAAAACAUAAAUAAAAUUUAAAAAAAAUAUUUUUUUUACUAGAGACUGGACAUUGCAAGAAUAAUUUCCAUGUCUCGACAAGGUAAUGUGAGGCCACAGGUAUAAAACAGCAUUACUUUUUUGUUUUUUUUUGGUUUAAUAUCUUGUGAAUGACACAGUAUUUACAAUGUGAUAUUCCAUGUGCUGUUUUUAAUGUGAGCUGAUGUUUGCUUAGUCAUGAGACAUUACCACUUUAUGCCUUGAGAAAUUAACAGCUUACUGUUUUCAGUUUCCUUUUUUGUUAUCUCCACCACGCAAAUGAGGAUUGAUUAAACUUUCACAGCUGGCUCUGAUUAAGAACCCACCAGAUUGUUAAUGUGGCUUAGUAAAAUUUGCCUCAUUUUCGCCUGUGCAGGUCUCGACAUUUAGACUCCACCCAUAUUGUUUGUUUAUAUUUCAGCAACAAGCUCUAAAAGAGGAUUUUUAGAGGAUUGGAGCAAUUGCAUAAACUGUUGUUGGCUUGUUUAUUUUCCCAGACUCUCUCACUUGCUCCAUCAUGUGUGUUUCAGUGUUUUAUCACCAGGCUGCCAGCAUCAUGCCUCUCAUUUCCUGCCCCUUCUUUAUUACAUCUUGCUACAUGUUCAUGAAUUUAAAGGGAAUCCUUAUUUUUUCUUACAGUCUGAUCAUUUUUCACGGAAACCUUUACGUUUGCAGUCUUUGAUGGAAAAAGCAUUAUUAAUGAGCUGGCUGUGUCGCAACCUGCUGGUGUGCAGCUGAAAUAGCACUCUGAAAAAGGCAGCAGUUGAUUUCUCUUGGCUUUACUUCUUUCAUUUGUGGAAACUCAUCAAUGCAAGACUCUACAACCAUUCAAACAACAUUUUCUUAAAAGCUGUCACUGAUACCAGAAUGCUUUCUGUGACCAAUAAGGAUGAGUUACUGCUCUGCAGCAGCAAUAAUCAAAAAGCACAUUUUUUCUUUUGCUUUUUUUUGUGAGAAUGCAUACUGUAUUUACAUACAAGCCCGUGGCAAUUAGAGAUCUGUUUAAAUAGAAAACAUGAGCCAAAGGAGCCCUCAUUGCCGCCUAUUAAGUUUGAUUAAGAAUUAGUGUCGCUUCCCAGAAUACCCAGCAGGCUCAGUGCAAUUAGACAGAUUAUAAAAGUGCAAUUAAGUUUUUCUGUUCUUAUUAUACAGUAAUGGUAAAGGUGUUUAAAGGUCAGGGUGUCCUCUGGGUGGAAAAUUAAAUUCUUUAUUUUUGUGUUUGUAUUUAUUUGUAUCAGAAAUAGGGUAUCCAUUUAAAUCCACCCUUCUUUAAGCAGUUUUUAUGCAACUUACAUCUAGUCUCUUUUUUUCUGGACAUUUACAAGAGACAAUUUCUUGACACACUUUUUCAGUCAUAUAUUAGUGUUUUUCCUCUUUUUAAAGCAUUUGUUAAAAUUUGCUUUAAAUAUGCAACUACAACUAAAACCACAGCAUGUAAAUUUUUGAAAUGAAAACUACUAAGAAUAAAGCUGCAGUUUCCCUGAGAUGGAGAAUUAACUUUGUUGUUUUCAUUUACUUUCAACUGCCAGGAGCCGGCUCCUUUCAUGAAGUUGACAGUUUUAAUAUACAUUUCUCUUUGAUAGUAUUUUGCUUUUUACUUAAAGUCAGUCAGUUUCUCAGAUAAACAUGAAAUAGCCAGAAAAUGUAAUGAUCUCCACUUGACAACUUUAUAGUCUAUUAAUCCUAAUUCAUGUCCGGAAAACUGAGCCUUACUUUCAUUUAAUGCGACUCUCAACCUCAAUAUUUUACUCUCAACUAUUUUCCCUAUUUUUUUAUGAAACUGGAUCAUGUCUGGGACUAGUGGAACUUGCAUAAAAAAGCUUCAUUUGUUUACUACUGACUGGACUUGAACAUAUAUGACUGUUUUCCCCCCAUCUUAUAUCAUUCCACAUGUUUUUGUCUGUGAAUUUGCUUUGAGAUAGUAACUGUAAAGAGUUUGGUAAAAGUGUGUAUGUUUUUAAGAGAAAUCUUGAUGUGUUUUCAGUUGAUUUCCAACGUUUGAACAAAUAUGUAGAAUUAAAAAGAACAACAAAAUAAAAAUUAAGUUGGGUCUUUUUUA